AUGAAUUAAAGUUGGAGAUAAAAGUUUGAGAAAGAUAAAUAGUAUCCUAGACAUCCUAUGGCUCAUAAAAAUGGUGGUGUUCAUAUGAAUUAAGAAGACGAUACUAAGCUUUUUUAGAUCGCAGGAGCAAUGCUAAAAUAAAUUGGUUCAAAAAUAGCCAAAGGAGAUUUCAAUUUGGCUACUAUUCCAAAACCCAUAUGUUUAACAGCACCUAAAACAGCAAAUGAAUGCUUAACAUUCGAUCAUGACUAUACCCACCUUUAUCUUACGGAGGCAGCAAAAUGUAAGGAUCCUCUUUAAAGAAUGAUAAUGGUGGUAACAAAUGAAAUAGCUUAUCUUCAUGGAACACAUACUUAUUUGAGGUCAUUGGCACCAAUUGAUCCUAUGAUUGGAGAAACAUGCCAAAAAGUAAAGGAAGAUGGGACUGCCUUUUAUUGCGAGUUUAUCAAGGCUGAUCCUCCAACAACGUUAUAUCAAAUUUAUGGGGAUGGGUGGCAAAUCUAUGGUUCCGAGGAGGUUUUGGCAGAAAUACAUCCAACUAUAACAUAGAUUAUUGGUAAGAAUCUGAAACCAAAAUACAUAAAAUUUGCAGAUGGAAAGCUGUAUGAAAUAAAAGUGCCUUGGAUGAUCAUCAAUGGUUUAAUGAAAGGAGAUCGAAUUUUAAAUAAGUUGGAUAGUUUCACAGUGAAGUGUGUGCAAGAUAAAUUGGUUGCUUAAAUAAAUUUCAGUUAUGUGUAUGAAGGGAGUGCUUAGAAGAUCAAAAAUAAGUUGAUGUUCUGGUCGCAACAAUAGAAACCACUUUCAGAUUUGGUGGAUGUGAAAAUAAAUAAAUUAAUUAAUACUGAUGACGAUGAUGAAGAUCAAGUGUUCACCUUAGCGAAAGGAUCAGGAUCGUGGUUGUCUCAUUUUGAAAUGGAUGGCGAAGUAUUGUGGAGAAUAGAUGAUCCCAUCCAGCCAUGGAAGGAACCACCAUACAUACUGCCAAGCGACUCAUUGUUUAGAGAGGACAAAGCCUUGAUGUUGAAGGGAGACGAUGAAGCAGCUUAAAUUACUCGUAACAAGAUUGAAGAGCUUGGAUUAAAGGAUUAAAAUUUAAGAAAAAAGAGGAAGUGAGAUAUGUGAUAAAAUGUAAAGUAAGAUUAGUUCUA